AUGUUUUCGCCUCUCAUUUCUGCUCUUCAAAAUGCCCUUCUCUCUUUGUCUUCUCUCUCUCUCUCUCUCUCUAUUUCUCCCACCCCACAUUUGAUUUCUUUUUCCACUCCUUCAUUCUCCAUUCUUCUCUUACUCUGUUUCUACUCUUUCCUCAUCCCUUUAGUUCCUCUUCUCUGUUUCUACUCUCCUCCUCUCUUUGAAACCUCUACCUCUUUCUGUUUCUUCUCUUUCCUAUUCUGUCUCUGCGAGUUUUAUAUUUAUCCACCCUUUCUUUUCUUCUUAUUUAUUCUCUUUCACCUCGAACUCUCUCUUUUUCUCUAUUUCCUCUUCCCACUUCAUUUCAUUCUUUCUCCAUAUUCACCUCUCUUCCCCCAUUUUUUUCUCUUCUUUCUUCCUCUAUUUUCCUUUACCUCCUUUUCUCGCCUCCUAUUCUAUUAUAUCUAUUGCCUUAUAUUAUUUUCUUUUCUCGCCUCCUUUUAUUAUUACCUUCUUUUUAUCUAUUCUUAUAUCUAUUAUUUUCUUUUUCUCUUCCUAUUCUAUUACCUAUAUCUUAUAUUAUUCAGUACUCUUUUCUCGCCUCCUAUUCUAUUACCUGUAUCUAUUGCCUUAUAUUAUUCAGUACAAUAUUUUUCUCGCCUCCUUUUCUAUUACCUAUAUCUAUUGCCUUAUAUUAUUCAGUACAAUCUUUUUCUCGCCUACUAUUCUAUUACGUGUAUCUAUUGCCUUAUAUUAUUCAGUACCUUCUUUUUUCUCGCCUCUUUUUCAAUUACCUGUAUCUAUUGCCUUAUAUUAUUCAGUACCUUCUUUUUCUUGCCUCCUUUUCUAUUACCUGUAUCUAUUGCCUUUUUUAUUCGUACCUUCUUUUUCUCGCCUCCUAUUCUAUUACCUAUAUCUAUUGCCUUAUAUUAUUCAGUACCUUCUUUUCUCGCCUCCUUUUCAAUUACCUGUAUCUAUUGCCUUAUAUUAUUCAGUACCUUCUUUUCUUUCUUUUCAAUUACCUGUAUCUAUUGCCUUAUAUUAUCUUACCUUUCGCCUCCCUAUUCUAUUACGUGUAUCUAUUGCCUUAUAUUAUUCAGUACCUUCUUUUUUCUCGCCUCCUUUUCUAUUACCUAUAUCUAUUGCCUUAUAUUAUUCAGUACCUUCUUUUUCUCGCCUCCUUUUCUAUUACCUGUAUCUAUUGCCUUAUAUUAUUCAGUACCUUCUUUUUUCUCGCCUCCUUUUCUAUUACCUAUAUCUAUUGCCUUAUAUUAUUCAGUACCUUCUUUUCUCGCCUCCUUUUCUAUUACCUGUAUCUAUUGCCUUAUAUUAUUCAGUACCUUCUUUUCUCGCCUCCUAUUCUAUUACCUAUAUCUAUUGCCUUUAUACCUUCUUUUCAGUAUUCUCCUUUUCUCCCCUUUUCUAUUCCUUUUCUAUUAUCUAUUGCCUUAUAUUAUUCAGUACUUUUUCUUCUUUUUCUCUCCUCCUUUUCUAUUACCUGUAUCUAUUGCCUUAUAUUAUUCAGUACCUUCUUUUUUUCUCGCCUCCUUUUCUAUUAUUCUGUAUCUAUUGCCUCCUUUUAUAUUACCUGUAUCUAUUCUUAUAUUAUUCAGUACCUUCUUUUCUCGCCUCUAUUCUUUUUCUAUAUUCUAUUGCCUUUUAUUAUUCAUUACCUUCUUUAUUGCCUUCUUUUCUAUUACUUUCUAUAUCUAUUGCCUUAUAUAUUAUUCAGUACCUUUUUUCUCGCCUCCUUUUCUAUUACCUAUAUCUAUUGCCUUUUAUUAUUCUCCUUUUUUUCUAUUACUUCUUUUUUAUUCAGUACCUUUUUUCUCGCCUUUUCUAUUACCUGUAUCUAUUGCCUUAUAUUAUUCAGUACCUCUUUUUCUCGCCUCCUCUUUUCUAUUCUAUAUCUAUUGCCUUAUAUUAUUCUAUUUCCUUUUCUAUUACCUGUAUCUAUUGCCUAUUAUAUCUAUUGCCUUAUAUUAUUCAGUACCUUUUUUUCUCGCCUCCUAUUCUAUUACCUGUAUCUAUUGCCUUAUAUUAUUCAGUACCUUCUUUUUCUCGCCUCCUAUUCUAUUACCUGUAUCUAUUGCCUUAUAUUAUUCAGUACCUUCUUUUUCUCCUCCUUUUCUAUUACCUGUUCUAUUACCUAUAUUAUUCAGUACCUUUUCUCGCCUAUAUAUCUAUUCUUAUAUUAUUUACCUUCUUUUUCUUUCCCUUCUAUUACCUAUUUCUAUUGCCUUAUAUUAUUCCUACUAUUCUAUUACCUGUAUCUAUUGCCUUAUAUUAUUCAGUACCUUCUUUUCUCGCCUCCUUUUCUAUUACCUGUAUCUAUUGCCUUAUAUUAUUCAGUGCCUUCUUUUCUUUCUCUCCUAUUCUAUUACCUGUAUCUAUUGCCUUAUAUUAUUCAGUACCUUCUUUUUCUCGCCUCCUUUUCUAUUACCUGUAUCUAUUGCCUUAUAUUAUUCAGUACCUUCUUUUCUCCCUCUUUUCUAUUACCUGUAUCUAUUGCCUUAUAUUAUUCAGUACCUUCUUUUCUCUCCUCCUUUUCUAUUACUAUUAUAUCUAUUGCCUUAUAUUAUCAGUAACCUGUACCUUUUUCUCCUCCCUAUUUUCUAUUAUUAUUCCUAUAUCUUUUUUGCCUUAUAUUAUUGUAUACCUUUAUUUUUCUACCUUCUUUUUCUUAAUUCUAUUACGUACCUCUAUCUAUAUUUUAUUAUUACCUUAUCUUUUUCUCCUCCUUUUCUAUUACCUUAUAUUAUUCAGUACCUUCUUUUUCUUGCCUCCUAUUCUAUUACCUGUAUCUAUUGCCUUAUAUUAUUCAGUACCUUCUUUUUCUCGCCUCCUUUUCUAUUACCUAUAUCUAUUGCCUUAUAUUAUUCAGUACCUUCUUUUCUCUCCUUUUCUAUUUCCUUAUAUCUAUUGUACCUUUUAUAUUUUCUAUUACCUGUAUCUAUUGCCUUAUAUUUUUACCUUCUUUAUUCGCCUAUUAUAUCUAUUGCCUUAUAUUAUUCAGUACCUUCUUUUUCUCGCCUCCUUUUCUAUUACCUAUAUCUAUUGCCUUAUAUUAUUCAGUACCUUCUUUUUCUCUAUUACCUAUCUUUUCUUAUAUUAUUCAGUACCUUCUUUUCUCGCCUUUUCUAUUAUUGCCUUAUAUUAUUCAGUACCUUCUUUUCUCCUCUAUUUCAUUACCUGUAUCUAUUGCCUUAUAUUAUUCAGUACCUUCUUUUUCUCGCCUCCUUUCUAUUACCUGUAUCUAUUGCCUUAUAUUAUUCAUUACCUUCUUUUUCUCGCCUCCUUUUCUAUUACCCUGUAUCUAUUGCCUUAUAUUAUUCAGUACCUUCUUUUUCGCCUCCUAUUCUAUUACGUGUAUCUAUUGCCUCUUAUAUUAUUCAGUACCUUCUUUUCUCUCCUCCUAUUCUAUUACCUGUAUCUAUUGCCUUAUAUUAUUCAGUACCUUCCUAUUAUUCAAUUUUAUCUAUUGCCUUAUAUUAUUCAGUACCUUCUUUCUCUCCUCCUUUUCUAUUACCUGUAUCUAUUGCCUUAUAUUAUUCAGUACCUUCUUUUCUCGCCUCCUUUUCUAUUACCUAUAUCUAUUGCCUUAUAUUAUUACCUUCUUUUCUCCUCCUUUUCUAUUACCUAUAUUUGCCUUAUAUUAUUCAGUACCUUCUUUUCUCGCCUCCUAUUCUAUUUUUCUAUUCUUAUAUUAUUCAGUACCUUCUUUUCUCUCCUCUAUUCUAUUACCUGUAUCUAUUGCAUUAUAUUAUUCAGUACCUUCUCUUUUUCUCGCCUCCUAUUCUAUUACCUGUAUCUAUUGCCUUAUAUUAUUCAGUACCUUCUUUUUUCUCCUCCUUUUCUAUUACCUGUAUCUAUUGCCUUAUAUUAUUCAGUACCUUCUUUUUUCUCCUAUUCUAUUACCUGUAUCUAUUGCCUUAUAUUAUUCAGUACCUUCUUUUUCUCGCCUCCUAUUCUAUUACCUGUAUCUAUUGCCUUAUAUUAUUCACCUUCUUUUUUUUUCAAUUACCUCUUUCUAUUACCUGUAUCUAUUGCCUAUUAUAUUAUUCAGUACCUUCUUUUUCUCGCCUCCUAUUCUAUUACCUGUAUCUAUUGCCUUAUAUUAUUCAGUACCUUCUUUUUCUCCUUUUUCUAUUACCUGUAUCUAUUAUCCUUUAUUAUUCAGUACCUUCUUUUCUCUCCUCUUUUUUACCUCUAUCUAUUGCCUUAUAUUAUUUGCCUUUUUCUCGCCUCCUUUUUAUUACCUGUAUCUAUUUUAUUAUUCAGUUUUUUUUCUCGCCUCCUUUUCUAUUACCUGUAUCUAUUGCCUUAUAUUAUUCAGUACCUUAUUUUUUCUCGCCUCCUAUUCUAUUACCUGUAUCUAUUGCCUUAUAUUAUUCAGUACCUUCUUUUUCUCCCUCCUUUUCUAUUACCUAUAUCUAUUGCCUUAUAUUAUUUACUUUUUUUUUCUCUCCUCUUAUUCUAUUACCUGUAUCUAUUGCCUUAUAUUAUUCUUACCUUCUUUUUCUCGCCUCCUUUUCUAUUACCUGUAUCUAUUGCCUUAUAUUAUUCAGUACCUUCUUUUUUUCCUCCUCCUAUCUAUUACCUAUAUCUAUUUGCUUCUUUUAUAUUAUUCAGUACCUUCUUUUUCUAUAUUAUUCCUUUUCUAUUACCUGUAUCUAUUGGGUUUUAUAUUAUUCAGUCUUCUUUUUUUCGCCUCCUAUUCUAUUACCUAUAUCUAUUGCCUUAUAUUAUUCAUUACUUUUUUUUCUCGCCUCCUUUUCUAUUACCUAUAUCUAUUGCCUUAUAUUAUUCAUAAUACCUUCUUCUUUUUCUCGCCUCCUUUUCUAUUACCUGUAUCUAUUGCCUUAUAUUAUUUACCUUCUUUUUCUCCUCCUAUUUUAUUAA